CUCAACUUUAAACUACACAUCUCACAAUACAAGAAUCUUCGUCGAUUUCAAUUGCAUCCUACCAAUUCACAUCAUGAGCUUCCUACGACCCAUGUCAAUGCUGCGCUCGGCAGCACUACGGCCCGCAGCCCUCUCGGCGGCUCCCCGUGCCCGCGUCCAAGUUCGUUUCGCGACUUCAGAUUACGGCUCUGGUAAGGGCAACCCAGCUGGAGAGAACCCCGAGAAGCAGGGCGCCAACCCCAGCGAGAACCUCGAGCACCCCGGCCCCGCACCCCCCAAGGUCGCCCAAGGCAAAUCUUCGUCGUCGCCGAACAAGGACAGCAACUCGAGCCAGAAUGACUCUCCCAAGCCUACAUCAGAGUCACCAGCUCCUUCCUCGAACAAGGGCAAGCGCGAAUUCUCGACAUCGGCCCGCCAAAUGAAGGACAGCAAAGAGCCAGCCGUCAAGCAGGCCCAGGACAACAAACCCUCACCCAGCGAAGUCAAAGGUGCGAAACCCAAAAUACUCAACGAAAACCCUCCCGCUCCUGGAGAAGAGAGCGAGGACGUCAAGCAACACAACAAGGACAUGGAUAACAGGGCGGAACAGGCGCAUGAAAAGGUCAGCAAUGAGGAGGCAGAGAAAGACAAAGUCCCCGGUGGCUUCUGGAAAGGCGAAGGUGGACGAAGCGGCUCCGAAGGCGUACGAGGAUAAGCAAGGGGCGGGUGAAUGUUCGGACAUUAGGAUAGUGUACAGUUAGCUGGAAUUGACUCGCCGAAGUCUCGUGAAAUGUACAACAUUCAUCAAA